UGUUGUUUUGUUGCUAAUCUCGCUGUUGUCUCUGUCUGCUUUUACCUACCUGAUCAGAGCUCUUCUGCACAGUCACCAACUGUUUCCGGUGUUGGCUGACCAUCUGCGCCACUCCCUAAGCCCUACGGUUGUCGUGAAUGUGUGUGGCCUCCUCUGGACCCUGACCGCGUCGGCCACAUGUCCUUCAGCCGACCUACAGCUUCUGCGUCACCUCAGGCUGCCCGACCUCUUGCGCCGGCUCACCCAAUCCACUCGACACCAAAUGCUUGCCAGCCUGGCAAGAUCACUGCUCUAUCAGGUCACCCAGCAACCGACACCACCAUCGCAGACAGUCAGCGCGGGUGUUGGUCUCUCAGUGGGCGUCGGCAACCGAGCAUCCGCCGCCCCCUCACCACUGGUCAACGCCAAGCCCGGACUCUGUUCGUUCCUACCAACUCCAGACGGCCUGAACGGUGGUCUCGAGUCUGACGGUCGUCUUGCCUAUCCCCCCACCACAGUUCAGUCUGUGGUUGUGCAACCAGGCUCUUUUGUCCGCUCUGCUCCGGUGGAUCAGACUGGGGUAGCGCAGCCCUCGCACACUUUUGGACAACAUCCUCAUCAACAGCAGCAACAACAGUAUUCAGAAACACAGCACCACUUCUAUCAACAGCAAACGCAUCAACAGAAUCAUCAACUAGAGUCAACUCAGAAUCCGACUUUUUACUCGCACUCUCAACGCCACGGGCAACAGCAACAAUAUCUGCCCGUGGUACCAAAUGACAGUCUGCAGACGUCGGUCGAAUCGACUUCGAAGGACCUUCAGUCGCCUCCGGUUGUGUCACCAGCCGAGUUGGUUUACCUUCGACGCAUGAGCGGCAGGGCCGCAGCCGCGGCCGCCGCCUCUGCUUCUGCCUCGACGGAGUCAGGUGCGGGUCUGGCGUGUGUGCCCCGUUUUGGCCUCCUCUCGGUCGUUUUCGAAACAGAUCAAGACGAUAUGGAGGAUGACGAGGACGAGGAUGAGAAUGAAGACGAUGACGAUGACGAUGAUGAUGACGACGGUGAUGACGAUGACGACGACGAUGAUGACGAUGAUGACGAAGAGGCGGAUGAGGAGGAGGAAUCAGGGAGAGAAGCAGACUCGGUUACACAGUCAGGCAGCGACUCUGAAUGUGUAGUUGCUGUGGCCAACUUUGUUCCUGGGACGCAGGUAGCAAGAAAAGAGGACGAAAUAUUUCCAGUUGGUGUUGCGGUGGAUGUGGUCGGUCGUCCUACCUGCCCUGCUGUACAUUUAUCCAGCGAAUCGGAGGAUUGUACAGGCGAGUUGCCACGCAUCUCCUGUCAUCGUCGCAAGGGCUAUAGCGGGUCAGGUUGUGGUAAUUCCGCGUUGGUUGACACUAUCGGUUUCGAUGUGGAGGGAUCGCAGUUGAAUCGGCGCGAAAGCAUGUUGAUGUUGAUGGACGAGGCGACAGACGUCGUUGUUAACUCGACCUUCUCCACUGAUUCGUCACAACUCGUCUUCACUGAAGAUCCGCCCCCCAUCUAUCCCAUGGGCUCGACUGGCUCGCCACAACCUGACCUCUCCAACUCAUCUGCUCAUCUUACCUCCGACGACCACUCAUUCUCAGUUGCCAUGCCUACCGGUGGAUGUAUCGGUAUGUCACGACAACCGCAUCCAUCCGCCUCACUCGACCGACCUUUGGUUUACGCCCUCGAGGACACACCUCCGUUGAUGUCACCGGGUGUUGAGCACAACUCACCAGUCGCCGUAAUCGGUGCUCAUGGUUGCCCUGGCGCGUCUGCGCACCCCGAGCCAGACGACUCGACUCUGUCGCCUCGUCACGUCAGGCCGUCCGACCCGGUGUCUCGCAGUCGACCGAACCCAGCCUCGGCUGACCCCAACCGUGACGACGUAGGCGCAUCGUCGGCCGGCCUUUUCCCGCCCCCACCGUCGGUAUCAUCUGCCCUUUUGGGUCUGCCGCAUCGAGGCGUCCGUCUGUCGGAGACAACUUCUUCGGGCACUGGAACCGCUGGACAGACACCAUUGAUGUUCUCGCGAGGCGCUUCGUCAUGCACCUCUUCGUUGGACCUAGAGCAUUUGCCACCGAUACAGUCAUCGCCCGAGAGUGUUUACUCCACUGUCGUCAAACCAAUCGGCUCUGGCGACGGCGACCAUGGCGGCGAUGUCGACGUCGAUGGCGAAGCGGAUGAUGAUGAUAUCGGCAUUGAUUUCAGUGCCAGUCUAGGUGGUGUUGAAAAAUCUCUGUCGGGACUCUCUUCUGCUCCAGAGCCUUGUGAGACGGGUCACACACAUUCCGACUCUUUGUUAGUACAAGAAGAUGAAGAGGUGGGCGUCACUUUUGCUGAAGAGGGCUCACCGUUAGAUGCAAUCUCAUUGAUGAGUGAAGCUCUCGCGCACACUUCUUCGGACCAGCAUGUGGCGAUGAAACGACAAGAUCAUGGUCAAGCCGAACGUCAACAGCAGAACUCUCUCGUCUUACCAUACACACAGCACACAGAGCCUGAUCACUCCGAGUCGCAACAGCAUCAUCUUCAUCAUCUUCAUCAUCAUCAUCAUCUGCAUCAUCUUCAGCACAUGCAUCAGCUACACCACCAUCCACACAUACAUGCUCAUAUGUCGGCCAAGCAUCAACAGUAUUCGCCCAGUCUGGGCGAGACGGAAGACGAGGCAGAGUUAGAGGAAGAGGAGGACGAUAUCGCCUCCUCUUUGGUCGGUAGUCCCUCCAUCAUUCUUCAGCAGUGCAUUGCCUCUGCGAUGCCUCUGAAAGUGGCCACUUCCUCUUCCGAAGGCAUCGGUUUGGCCUCUGCCAUCCACAUGGCAGAAGAGCUGGAGAUUUGUCCAUCAGCCUGUCUGCAAAUCGGCAGUACUACCAGCGGUGCGAGCGACAACAACAGCACUACUUCUACUACUGAUAGUAGUAGUAGUAGUAGUAACAGUAACAGUAGUAGUAGCAGCAGCAGCAGCAGCAACAACAACAUUAGUAGUAGUAGCAGAGAUGUGGCCAUCCGCGCCGGCAUUGAUGGUGGUCUCGGUAGCGUCCUCAGCGGCGACAGUCUACAGGCGUUUGCUGUCGAGGACACACCUUUUGAGGCCUCCACAAAGGCCAGCUCCUUCUCCGACAUCAGUCUUCCAGCCAAUCAGCCACUGCAAUCGGCACCACCAGCGCCGGCACCAGCACCAAUGCUCCCGUCUCGGUUCACUUCAGAUGUAGUCAACACCGCAGAGUUGACUCUGCUUCUGACCACCGGCGUGGCGGCAGCCGAUACGAUGCUGAUUCACAAUCCUCCAGCCGACAUGGAAACAGCAGAUGGCAGCGCCAACUCGACUCACGAGGUUGGCCCCACCGAGCCGGCCAGCAGAAGCGCAGGCGGUGCUGGCAGCACCUCGGAGACGAGUUCUUUGAACGAGGAGCUUGGCUGCGCAUCACAUCUUCUCCUAUCCGAGGUGAUCUUGUCGGCAAUGCCGAAGCAGGGCAGGGGUUGUCUUCACCCUCAUACUCACCCUCAUUCCCACCCCCAUCCGCACCCCCACCUACACCACCACCAUCAUCAUCACCACCAUCACCAUCACCAUCAUCAUCGUUCCAACUCAGAGAUGGGCGAAAACGACCUGGCUCCGAUGGGCCGAGCGAUCGGCAUCUCAGACGGCGAACCGGUCACGGAGGCGGAUGUGACAACCGAGGCCGAUGAGGCCUGUGCCGGGGACAGUGUUCGUGGUUUCCGACUAGAGGACAGCCCUGGCGGGCUCGAAUUAGUCGGUCGCAGUGUCGACUGUCUCACUUCGGCCUCGGCUUCGACUUCACCUUCGCCUUCGGCUUCACUCGCCUUUUUGGACGAUGCCCUCUUCCAACCCGACCGGCUGACGACUCUUCCUACCUCCGAGCCUCGUCAGGAGGUCAGUCCUCAGUCGCAACUUGUCGGGCCACCGGAACUUCUGAGCACAGUUUUGUCACUGACCGACGCCGGACGGAUUUCGGGAGACCAAGUCUCGAGACCGGAUCAACGAGUCGGUGAAGAGGUCAUCAUUUCGGUAGAUCCGGUCGCGAUCAGCGUGAAUGGGGAUCGGGAGAGAAUCGGCGCAUCAGCCUUCUUGCCUUCGGCUCCUCUGCCGCCUAGACGCACCACUUCCAUACUUUCCUCUUCGUCGUCUGCCUCGUCUGCCUCUUCUGCCUCAGAGUCGCCAUUAAUCCCCGUCUCUUCAGACUCUACUUCGCCCUCAUUAAUGGCUGCAUUGGCCUCUGCAUCAGCUGGCCUCAAAUGUGAUGAGGUUGUCUUGGAUCUGCCGGACAUUGUCGACGCCGUGAACGCC